AAUCAUUCUCCCCAAAAUUUGUGUGAGUGACUAAAGAAGGGGUUGUUGAUUUGUGAAGUGUGAAGAUGAUAGAGGUGGUGCUGAACGAUCGGUUGGGGAAGAAGGUUCGUGUGAAGUGCAACGAGGAUGACACCAUAUGUGACCUGAAGAAGCUUGUGGCGGCUCAGACUGGUACAAGGGCCGACAAGAGUAGGAUCCAGAAGUGGUCCAACAUCUACAAAGACCACAUCACUCUCAAGGAUUACGAGAUUCACGAUGGCAUGGGCCUCGAGCUCUACUACAACUAAAGUUAAUUUCACACU